GUUGCUGCGCCGUACUUGCCAGCCGUCGGCCACCACCAGUCCACCACCCCCAUGUGGCCUCCGACAGCACCCAGACGUCGACCAGAACCCAACACGAAGAUCUCGGCGACGUGUCGCCCCCGACGGCGGGCCCCGCCGCCAUCAUCUCUGUCGGGGUGCGCCGCUGGGGUCCAUUUCCACCCCCACCCACCCGCGCCGCUGAUCCCUUCCCGCUUUAAAUAUUUCAUUCCCUCACCGCCGCCCCGACUCAACUCAAAUUCUGAAAAUCUCUCAGUCCGGCCUGUUCCUUCCGUCUCCAGUCCCAGCCACAGAGUUAAGGCGACGCAGAUCGGGAUGGCUCGUCCGGCGAACUUGAACGAGUACGAGAAGCUACUCCUUCGGAUGGACAGCCCCAGGGUCGUCAUCGACAAUGCCGUCUGCGGCACGGCGACGCUCGUCAAGGUCGACAGCGCGAGAAAGCACGGCGUCCUCCUGGAGGCGGUGCAGGUACUCACCGACCUCAACCUCACCGUCAAGAAGGCCUACAUUUCGUCCGACGGCCGCUGGUUCAUGGACGUCUUCCAUGUCACCGACCAGUUCGGCCGCAAGCUCACCGACGAAAGCGUCAUCUCCUACCUCGAACAGUCUUUGGACACCGACGGCGUCGAAGAACCCCAUCGACCGAGCGAGGAGGCCGGGCUCACCAGCCUGGAGCUCACCGGCGAUGACCGCCCGGGUUUGCUUUCCGAGGUCUUCGCCGUGCUCGUCGACCUCGGUUGCGCCGUGACGGAGGCCAAGGUGUGGACGCACGCUGGCCGGAUCGCCUGCCUCGUCUCCGUCAAGGACGAGCUCUCCGGCUCCCCCAUCCACCGCGACGCGCAGCGGAUCCACGGAAUCGAGUCUCGCCUCCGCCACGUCCUCAAGAGCGACCAUGGAUCGUGCAGCGCCCGCACCGCCGACAUCUCCUCCAUGGCCGCCACCCACGCUGACCGGCGCCUCCACCAGUUGCUGUUCGCCGACUGCGACUACGAGCGAACCUCUUCGUCCUCCCCUCCUUCCAUCUCCGUUCACAAUUGCUCCGAGAAAGGGUAUUCCGUCGUCUCCGUGCAGUGCCCCGACCGCCCAAAGCUUCUCUUCGACAUGGUCUACACGCUCACCGACAUGGACUACGUCGUCUUCCACGGCACCAUCGACACCGACGACGAUUUAGCUCAUCAGGAGUUCUACAUAAGGCACAAAGACGGCAGCCCCAUCAACUCGGCAGCAGAGCGGCAGAGGGUGAUCCAAAUCCUGCGCGCGGCCAUCGAAAGAAGAACAUCAGAGGGAACGAGAUUAGAACUCUGCAUCGAGGACCGCCUGGGGCUGCUCUCCGAGGUUACGCGGACGUUCCGCGAGAACGGCUUACUGAUCGCGAGAGCGGAAGUGUCGACGAAGGGAAACGUGGCCUCGAACGUCUUCUACGUCACUGACGUCGCCGGCCAGCCAGCCGACCCCAAGGCGGUCGACGCCGUUCGGGAAAGGAUCGGCCCCCAUUUCCUGCUCGUGAAGGAGGAGCAGAGGCCUCGGUUACCGUGCCCAGCAGCUGACGGCAGCGAGGAGGCGCAGGUCGCCGGCAACAUCGGGAUUUACUUGGGCAAUCUUUUCCGGAGAAACCUGUACAACUUAGGACUGAUAAAGUCAUGUUCUUAGGCAAUCUAUGCAGUUUGACUUUGACUUUGACUUUGAAUUCCUCCUGGAUUCUUUGUUUUAUUUUUCAUGAUUUAGGCAUGUUUUUGUACAGCGGAAUUGAAUCUUAAUACUAAUUAUUUUUGUUUU